AUGAUACCCAAAGAGGUAGCCGUUAUUAAAUGUCCAGGACAUUCCAAAAGUGAUUCCCCUAUCACUGAUGGAAACAACGCAGCUGAUCUGGCUGCCAAUACUGUAGCUGGGUACAUUCCCUCACAGUCUCUUCUCAGGUCCGAUAGGGAUAGCUGUGAUCUCUUACCCAGCUUUACUAGGGACUACCUGAUUAAGGAACAAUUGGAGUCUGGCCUGGAGGAACACUCUGUAUGGUCACGGAACGGAGCUACUCAGGCUGAAGAUGGCCUGUGGCAAGCGCCAGACGGACGUCCGGCAUUGCCUUGUUCCCUGUCCGGAUCUGUGUUACGACAAGUACAUGGUUUUGGUCAUGUCAAUGGUAAGCAAAUGUUGAGGGCCUUGGAGCACUGGUGGCAUCCAUUUCUGCCGGCCAUGGUCUCAGGCCAUGUUUCUGAAUGUGACAUAUGUCAAGAAUAUAAUGUCAAACCAAGCCUGAAACCCAGCAAAGGAUUUUUCCCUAUCACCUCUGGCCCAGGUGAGGAAAUUGUUGUUGACUUUACAGACAUGCUCGUCAAAGUUCACGGUAAACGUUACCUACUCGUUGUAAUAGACUAUUUCACUGGCUGGCCUGAAGCAUACCCUGUCGGUAGGGAAGAUAGCACUUCAGUCAUUAAAUGCCUGAUCAACCAUUACAUCCCACACUAUGGGUUUCCCGGUAGGAUCAGAUCUGACAACGGCAGCCAUUUCAAGAAUGAACACCUUAAGAUGGUGGAGCAUGCCUUGGGCCUGACUCAUGCAUAUGGUGCCGUUUACCAUCCAGCUAGCCAAGGUAAGGUUGAACGCCUUAACCUGACGAUUAAACUGAAAUUGGCUAAAAUCUGUGCACAGACUAAAUUGAACUGGCUGUCAGCCCUACCCAUUGCUCUCAUGUCUAUUCAUUCCUCUGUCAACAGGAUCUCAGGUUUUACCCCUUUUGAAUUGCUUACAGGUCGACAGUUUCCCGGACCAGCCACCGCACUGUUCCCUGAUGCGGUACAACCCCUUUCACACACUGUGUACUUUGACAAACUAACUGCCUUGAUUACUUCCUUUUCCCGUCAGGUUACCAGUGACGCCAUCAAAGACCCGGUCACUCCCGUCCCGUCUGGCUGGGUUAGACUGAAGACCUUUCGCAGGAAGUGGACUGAACCACGUUGGUCACAGCCGUGUAGAGUGACCGCCAGGACUUCCCAUUGUGUGCAGCUUCAAGGGAAAGGAGACACCUGGUUUCAUUUAACCUCUUGUGUUGCUUGUGAUCCUCCUUCUAGGUCGCUGUCCGACACUCUUGUGGACCUGAGGACUCAGGUCCAAGAGAGGGGAGUUGAUACUCAAGAGAAACAGGGAUCAGAAACAGCAAACAAAAAUUGUGUACAAUUGAUUCAUAAAACAGGUGACAUAUUCUUGAGUGCACAAAACGAACCCCUAGCUCAUUGUGUAAGUGCUGAUUGUGCAUAUGGUGCAGGGAUUGCUAAAAAAUUCAAACAGAGAUAUGGCACUGACAAAGUGAAGGAGCAGAGGAAAAAACCUGGUGAGUGUGCAGUAACUCAAGAGGAAGACAGGAUUGUCUUCCAUUUAAUAACCAAAGAUUAUUGUUACGAAUUUCCAACAUAUGACUGUUUCAGAGCCAGCCUACAACACAUGAGAGAUUGGUGCGUGGCCAAUAAAGUAAAAAGUGUAUCUGUACCCCGGCUGGGGUGUGGAUUGGAUAGACUAGACUUUCAAAAAGUACAAAGAAUACUCAGUGAAGUAUUCAAGGACGUGGACAUAACAAUAACCAUAUAUACAUUAUAA